AUGAUUUGUUUUAUUUUUAUAUUGUUUCAAGUUUCAGAUAGUUUGAAUUUGGGAGAGAUUCCUUGUAAUUAAUUUAAUGAUGAAGGAAUGUGUAGAUAAAGUGGUUAUUGUUAAUGGUAUGGAUCUUGUUAUGGAUAAUAUUGUCAUUUAAUAGAUGAAGUAGCAGCAUGUAGAAGUAAUGGAGCUAUGAAUACAUAUUGUACAGCUGUUCCUUAUACACCACUUUAAUAUGUUUAAUCUUGUUAUGAAAAUAUAUUUACAGAAUAAAAAGUAUAUUAUUAUAGACAUGUUUCUGAUUUGACAAUAGAUGUUAUACAAAAAACAAGUAUUUUAUUAAGUGAUUUAAUAAAUGGAGAGAGAAGUAUAACUAAUAUGUUAAGAUUGUACAAUCUUGAUGUAUUAUCAAGAUAGAAUGAUGAAUUACAUUAAAUUUUGGAUUUAUAUAUAUCAUAUGCGGAAAUAUUAAUUAGUUAAUAUUCACAUCCAUAUUAUUUAGAGAGAAUAAUAUAUGAAUCAAUUUAAAAUAUUAGAGAUAAUACUUAAUUAAGCUUUUAAUUAAAGAGUAAUACUAUGACUAAAAUUUUGGAUUUGCUAGAUAUUUACUAUGUAAGAUUGAAGACUUUUUCAGAAUAUUAUUAUACAUAGUAUAAUUUUAUUAAUUUCAACCAAAUUCAUUUGAAAUAUUUAUAAUUAUAAUAUUAGGGAUUAGCUACUCUAACAUGGACUGAUUAUGAAAGUAAUGGCAUGUUAUAAAUGACUGUAUUAUAUGCAGAAAUCUUUGGUAAAUAAUCUCCCUUGACUCCAAUUUAUAUCAUUAGAACUAGUAACAAUAUAAAUUUAUAAUACAAAUUAAAAUGCUAUUUUAAUACCAAUCAUCCAGUAGCUCUUAAAUAAAUAAAUUUAAUAACAAUGAAUAUGUAUGAGACAUAUGUACAACCAUAAUGUGGUAGUGGAUAUUGUGAAGUCAAUUUACAAGGAGCAGGAAAUUACUUAUUUAUAGAUUUAACUAAAAAUGAUUAAUGUAAUAGUAUAGGAAGUAUAACUACUUGUAAAUUAGCUAAUUGUAUGGUAGAUCUUUAGAACCAUAUAUGCAAUUGA